CCCCCCUCUCUCUCCUCUGUCCUUCACGAGCCUGAGGAUGAGUAAUCCAACGAGGGAGGAGGAGGUGAGGACACCAACGCAGCAUCAGCACCACCAUCAUCAUCAGGAUGAACAUUUACACCCUCUGAGCUCAGUCACGACGGAGGGGACUAAUUCCUGGAAUGUCACACGCUUGAAAGCAUCAGUUUGAAUCAGUGUUUUGUGUGAAAGACACCGGAGCUGGCUAAUCGCUGGAGUGAAGGGAGAUGAAGAAAGGACCAAAGGAAAAGGUUCUUGUGGAGCGUCACUGACUAAUCUCUGGAAGAGCUGGCUGGUUUCAGUGGAUGAUACCUGACUACUUCAUGGACAGGAGGUUAAUGGUGUCAUCCUUUGGAUUGUGGGGACAGACUACUUCCUGAACAGCACGCCUCCUCUUUAUAUAUUCAUCCUGCUGUAACAAACCGGCGGCUGAGAGAAUCUGCCACUCCUCCACAUGUGGUGCUUCAGAGGCUGGGAUCUGGCUAACAUCUGGAACCAUUGACCCAUCCCAGUUACUACACCACCUCUCUGUGGACCAGGUUAAUCUCUGGAUCUGUGUGUCGGGCAUGUUCUGCUUCUGCCUGCAGAGUUCUCUGCUGAAGCUCCAGGCGCUGGAGGUGGAGGGGGGCUCUCCUCUGGGUCCGUCCCCAGAGGAGAGCCCCCCUGUCCUGGGCAGCAAGGAGCAGAAGAGCCCCUGUGGUUCCGUGGAGCUCGGAGGGAAGGAGGGGAAGACUCUGUCUCUCUGCCACGGGGACCCUGAUGAGAACAGUCCUCCAGACCUCCUGACAGUCCUCACCAGACCUCCACAGUCCCCCAGACACCAGCCCUUUACCGCCAUCCAGCCUGGCCAGCAGCCUCUGACACCCGACGGAGCUACGCCCCCCGGCCCUCACCCCUACUCCCCUGGGGGGGAGGGGGGAGGAGCUAGAGGAGAGGGAGGAGCUCUCCUCCAGCUUCUGGCCCCUCCCCCCCCUGGAGGAGGCGGAGCUCUCCUCCAGCUCGGCGGCCCCACCCCUCUGCCCUCCCCCCGCUGCUCCAGCCUCAGUCACAGGUUCAACUCCGACCCCGACAAUGCCCCGUCACCGCCCUGCAGCCAGCAGUACAUCCAGUGUCGGGCUCGGGACCGGACCGAGGUCUCAGAGGACCUAGAGUGUCCCUUGUCCAUCCCGUUCCUCACCAGACAGAUUCAGACCCUGAAGAAGAAGGUCCGAAGGUUUGAGGACCAGUUUGAGCACGAGAUGAACUACAAGGUAAAUACAGCAGGGACCAGGACUCUGGUGGGUCAGGAACCAGGACUCUGGUGUGUCAGGAACCAGGACUCUGGUCAGGGAUGGUAGAAGUAGGUUUUAAGAUUACAUACACAAAAGACCAGACUUGAAUCCAAAUCAGCUGUUUGGAACUGAUCCUGGUUCAGGUGGUCUAUCCAUGACAGGAUUUUCAAAAUAUGAGUUGAUUUUCCAGUGCAGUAGAAGUAUAAAGUCACAUCAAAUGGAAAUACUCCAGUACAAUUUGGAGGUACUUGUACUUUACUAAAGUGGCCUUUUUCUUGAGUUGGUGUCUCUGAUUGUUUCUCUGAUAUGGUUUCUCUGAUAUGGUUUCUCUGAUAUGGUGUCUCUGAUAUGGUGUCUCUGAUGGUGUCUCUGA